UUCCGUAUCCAAAUGUAUUUUCCUGAUGCCCGCUCUCUGGUUGGAAAGAGGAAAAUGUUUUUCAGCGUGUAAACUCAACGUUUAAGGUAAUCUUUCCGAAAAGUGUUCCGCUACGCACUCCUGCGCUAGACGUGCGUUACGCUUGGCACACAAAGUAUUUGCGGAUUUUAUUUUAAAGUUUGUUUCGCCCCGGCCUAACAUUUCAUGGUUCCGGACAUCUGCUGGAUUACGAAAAAAUAAUUUUCAAAGAUACAACCCGUCUUUUGUACAACAAGUGUUUUGUUUUAUUUCACCGGAAGUCUGCUUUAAGUACGUGUCACCGUAGCAUACUUGACUGUUUCUUUCCGGUAAACGUGUGAGGGGGCGAUAAGAAGUAACCGGAGGCGGAGCUUUAACGGAACAGCUGGCCCGGAGUUAACGGGUAGAUGAGCUGCAGUGCCCGAGCACAGCGCACCGACAUGGGAGCGAACAUGUUCUCACUGUGGCUGACAUGGGUUUGUCUCCUGCAGUGCUCUGGGAUGUUGUCUCAGGUGGAGAGAUAUGAGGUGGUCAGACCUCAGAGACUUCCAGGGAGACAGAAGAGGAGCGUGCGGGACAACCAGCUUUAUCCUGAUACAGUUCGGUACGAGUUGGCCAUCGAAGGGAGGAACCACACAAUGUAUCUGGAAAAGAACAAGAAUCUUAUUGGGAGAGGCUACACUGAAACACACUAUUCAGACGAUGGAAAGCGUGUGACAACGUCACCAAAUGAGGAGCACUGCUACUAUCACGGUCACAUUGAAGGUGUGAGGGACUCUUCCGUCAGCGUUGGCAUUUGUUCAGGCAUUAGCGGCUUUGUGAGAGCCCAGCAGCAGGUUUACCUGAUAGAGCCUCUGGGACAGUCCGACGAUGGUGACCAUGCAGUUUACAGACACGAGCACCUGAAGGUCAGCUGUGGCUCUUCGUCCAACACCACCACACUGUACGACCAGGACCAGGACCCGGGCCCUCGGCUCGCUGGCCUCUUCAAGUCCAGAUCGUGGAAACCCAUCGCAGGUCCACAGAGGUUUGUCGAGCUGUAUAUGGUGGUGGACAACACUGAGUAUAAGCUACACGGAAGCAAGACUAAAUCUCGUAUUCUCGGAGUUGUGAAUCACGUCGACAAGCUGUAUCGACAUCUGAACAUUCACGUCAUGCUGGUGGGUUUGGAGAUCUGGACAAACAGAGACUACAUCGACGUUGACAUUAAUUCAGAGACUGCUCUGGACAAUUUCCUCAUGUGGCGGCAGGUCGAUCUUCUGCAGAGGGCGAAGCAUGACAACGCCCAAUUUGUGACUGGAAAAGACUUUGUGGGAGAUACCGUUGGAUUGGCGAAUAAGUUUGCCAUGUGCACUGAAAACUCAGGUGGAGUGAAUCAGGAUCACCAGGAUAAUCCGAUAGGCCUCGCCUCCACCAUCGCUCAUGAGAUGGGACAUAAUUUUGGCUUGUCCCACGAUGUUGAAGGUUGUGUGUGUGGUCCGUCUUACAGCAGUGGGAACUGUGUGAUGGCAGACAAGCUCAGGACAGGAAAUAUAGCGUUCCCGGAGUUUUUCAGCAGCUGCAGUGUGAAGCAGCUCGCUGAAUUCAUGGAGCGAGCUCAACCCAGCUGCUUGUCCAAACCGUCAGACUCUGUUAAGACCAUCGCUGUGGGCCCUCGCUGUGGCAACGCCCUGUUGGACCCUGGAGAGGAGUGUGACUGUGGCACUGUGGAGGAAUGCAAGAAUUCUUGUUGUGAUGCCUCAACUUGUCGUCUGACUGAAGGAUCCCAGUGUGCUCAUGGACAAUGCUGCGACGAAUGCCAGUUAAAACUGGCUGGAAGUGUGUGCAGAAAGUUGGCCGGUGACUGUGACCUGCCUGAAUACUGCACCGGAGUGUCUGAGGAUUGUCCUGAAGAUAGUUUUGAGAUGAACGGCAAAGCGUGCUACGACCAGGCACCGGGCUACUGCUACAACGGCCAGUGCCCCACACUUGAGCAGCACUGCUGGAGGCUGUUUGGAUCAGGGACCAGAAUUGGAGCAGAUAUAUGUUUCGACCUGAACAAACGGGGCAUAGAAGGUUUAAACUGCGGGAGGAACAAGUUCGGCUACACCCCUUGUACAGCACAGAAUCUUAAAUGUGGAUCUAUAUUUUGUGGAGGAGGGGGUGAGUCCAUCACAGGUAAAAGGUCAUCCUACACUGUGAACGGCAUUGAGUGUAAAGUACCUGUGGAUGAUGAUAAAACUAGAAACAUCGACAUGGUGCCAAAAGGAACCAGAUGUGGAGUAAAUAAGGUUUGCCUCGACAACAGAUGUGUGGACGUAUCAGUCUAUGGGCAAACAGAGGAUUGUGCCAAGAAAUGCAACAACAAGGGGGUGUGUAACCACAAGAAAGAGUGCCACUGUAAUCCUGGCUGGGCGCCACCCUACUGUGACAUCCAGUAUGCAGAUUUACCUCAAGGUCAGAGUGGGAUAAUAGCUGGUGUGUGUGCAGUUCUCUCCAUCCUCCUGGUGAUCACAGUACUGACUGCAGGGCUGAUGUGCUGUAAAAAGGACAACAUGGACAGAUACACCUCUAAAUGGAAAGUGCAUUCAGACAAGUCGAAGUCGGUGAUCCAGGAACCACAUGUUAAAGAGAGAGUGCACAUCAGUCAGCCCACUUUCGUGGGAUCAACAGCAACACGAGCCAGCGCUCCUCUGAUUGUUGGUGUGACUCCCUGCAGACCCGCUCCACAGCCUCCAAGGAACUUGUCUUCUACCUCACAAACUGAGCCGACCAGACCUCCUCCUUUACCUCCAUCAAAACCUUUCCCGCCUCUGAAUAAAACACAGUACAAGGCAGCCAAACCAGGUCCUCCUCCUGUACCUCCGGUGAAGCCCAGCCCCCGUCCGGCUGCCAGAAUCAAGCCAUGCACUCCUCCACCGCCGCCAUCGAAGCCACAACUUCACAGACUCACAUGAAAGUCUUACUUAAAGUAUCAAGUUUGACCAAAGCAGAAGACAUUCAGCAUGCAGUUGUGUUUAUAUAAGAAGAAAACCAUGUUUUUUGGGAUCAGACGUGUGAGUCAGAGAACUGAGAGUUUGGAAAAGUUAACUCUUCAAAGCCUUUUUAAAGAUGCCGAAGCUUCAUCGACUGAGAAUGUCUUUGAUGACACGAGACCAACAGCUUCACCGCUGCUGUGGAAAAGUCUCCAUUAACUGCUGCUGCAGUUGUUACUGUUGUGCGUUUGUAAAAAAAAAAAAAAGAAAAGUUGUUCUUUCUGCUAACGUCCUUUGUAACAAUGUGUUGCCUUGCUGCACUUUUGUUAAUUUGAGGGAAAUAGUGCUCAAAUUGAAAUGUACUUUAUAUAUUUAUUGAAUGUUUGUGCACGGGACUGUACGGAAAUUAUUAGACGGGGAAAUGGGAUUGAAAAGGUUGGGAGGGUUAUGUGUUUUUCCUUUUUGGUGAAGGGCAGAUUUUAUUUCAGCCUUCAAUCGACCUGCAGCCUAAGCACUGCUAAUAUAGGUCAACCUGCAAUAACUGAUCUGAUGAUCACAUUUUAAUUUAAGACGGCGAACUUGUUAGCAUACAGUUGCUUAUUUACACAUCCAGCAGCUACAGAGCAACAUUCAUGUGGUGGAGUCGUGUUUCUGGCCACUUGAUGAACUUGAGUCCGAUAUUCUCUCUUUUAACUCUGUUUUGGUCUCCACCAGCUCCUGAGGGAAAUAUCUGGCGCUUUAGCUGCUAAAUGCACCACCAUGUUCACCAGCCAGUGUUUAACUGUUUGCUGUUGAGCAGGUCAUGUAAAAGUGGGUUUUACAGUUGUCACUUCUCUAUAGGUUCAUCACUACGAGCGACCCCUUUCACAUUAUCAUCAAAAUAUUGCAUAUAGUCUUGUGAAGUUUUUAUUAAAUGAACUGGAGAGGGUUUGAGCUCUCCACUCCAAUAAUUUCCGUACAACUGUGUCCAAAGCCAGGCAGCCUUCUAUGAGGUUACUUUUGUAUAACUUGCACUGUACUUGAAAACCUUUGAAUGGUACUCACAGUAUGGGAGUCUUUGCACAGUUCGGAUGACCUGUGUGAAAAGCCUUUUUUUUUUACUGCACUGAUAUGUCUCUAGGUCAACGAUCACCUUGUAAGUUAAAUUGUCUUAAAAUACAAAAUAUCAGUUGGUAUGACCACAAUCCUACUUUUUAAUCUGUCUACCCAAGAGAGAGCCUUUUGUUGCAACAAUUAAAGGGCACUUUUUAUUACAAAAGUAUGAAGAGAUCAUGUUGCAUCAGGAGAUUACACAAGUUAUCAGUGUGAAACAAGGCGUGACAGAUGGCUUCUUAUCUCUGUGCUUCUUUUUGUGAAUUGCAUAAUGAUUAAGUUACAUUUUGUCCACGUCUGUGUCUUUUCUUGUAGAACAUGAUUGUUAACCUACUCAGAUGUCUUGUAUUGUUAUUCCAAGGACACUGAAUCUACAUCUGUCAGCAGUUAAUUUACAUUUAUUGGUCCUCGGUGAUUAGCUAAAGGAAACGGGGAAGCAGCAGUGAGUCAGAGCUGUGCAGCCGGGCUCAGACCCCCGGCGUGAGCUCCUAUCGUCCGGGUUUCCAGCUCAGGCUUCUUAAACAGUCAGACACAAAGGCUGAUGGGCUUUUAUUUUUGUUUCCAGUUUAACAGACUCAAGACUUAUCGUGGGAAACAAACCAAGAACUUUCUAAGUGAAUUAGCAAUAAAAGCUGAUCCAAAGGCCAGCACGCCAAUAUUAGCACAUCACAGAUAUACAUGUUGGCUGAUAAGGUGCCUUUUGAAACGGUGUCACAUUUACUUUAGUUUGUAGAUGCCAUGCGAGCACGUUGGCUCUUUGGAUGGCAAUGUCAGUUUUAUGUUCCACCACUUUGGUUCAGACUGAAAUUUCUCAACUAUUAGAUGGAUUUCCUUUAAAUUUUGUUGAGACAUUCAUGUUCCCCAGGUGAUCAAUUCAGGCUAAACAGCCAGAUUUAUUUCUCAGGAGUUGGUAGAGACCAAAAAUGAGCUCGAAAGGGAGUGAAAAUUCAACUUUGCAUUUAUGGAGAGCAUGCUGAGGCAGUGUAAUGAUUUAAUUAAAGGUACAAAUUUUCUCAUUGA